AUCGAUCUUUCUCUCUGCACAAUAAAGGUCAAACUGCCUGCGCGUCAACACAGACUUCAGGGUGAAACAUUUUCAAGAGCUUUUUCUAAAAGCUUUAAAGACUCGCGCAGCCCAGCCAGGAGACGCCAAAUUGUCGUGGAAAUUAGACAACACUUGCAGACUCGUCCUCUGAAGGAUCUCAGGUACACAACACGAAGACCACCCCUGUUAGUGACAUGUCUGAGGGAGUAGUUGGGAGAGGAGUUUUUGGCUCCAUGGUCCUUCCAAGCCGACCCGAAGUGGCAGCAUGUCCUGAGCAGGAUGAGUCCAUAAACAAAGCCUCAUGGGAGCCACCAGCUGGAACAUAUGGCCAUUCUGUCUCUGGAAGUCAUGUUGAUUGUGAUGACAGCCCAGAACCUGAUGAGGCAACGGAGAGGGUGAAGCUGUCCAAGAUUGCAAGGGAUAAGAUGCGCCAACAUUGGCUAGAACAGCAAGAAGCCCAGCCUACACCGCGAAUGAGGCAGAGCCUUAGACAUGUAACAUCUGAAGUGACCUCAGAUGAAGCAGCAUCUCUGCAAGAUGAAAUCAUACCUGUUACCUUAAAGAAGGAUUCCAACAAGCAGGUGGAGUUGCGGCCAUUCUCCAGACCGGAGCUUGCCCUCACUCAGAGCUUCAGUCUGCUUAACUCGGAUGACUGGGAGAAAAAAAUCGAGGGGCUCAUGUUCCUGCGCUGUUUGGCACGGUAUCACUCUGACGUGCUUAAUAGUAGGCUUCAUGAAGUCUGCCUUGCUGUCAUUCAAGAGAAGAGGGUGAAGCUGUCCAAGAUUGCAAUGGAUAAGAUGCGCCAACAUUGGUUAGAACAGCAAGAAGCCCAGCCUACACCGCGAAUGAGGCAGAGCCUUAGACAUGUAACAUCUGAAGUGACCUCAGAUGAAGCAGCAUCUCUGCAAGAUGAAAGACCUGUUACCCUAAAGAAGGAUUCCAACGAGCAGGUGGAGUUGCGGCCAUUCUCCAGACCGGAGCUUGCCCUCACUCAGAGCUUCAGUCUGCUUAACUCGGAUGACUGGGAGAAAAAAAUCGAGGGGCUCAUGUUCCUGUGCCGUUUGGCACGGUAUCACUCUGAUGUGCUUAAUAGCAGGCUUCAUGAAGUCUGCCUUGCUCUCAUUCAAGAGGUUCGUAACCAGCGCUCCAGAGUGUCCCAAAUCGCCAUGGUGACUUUAGGAGAGCUAUACUCUGGCCUGCAGAAGGGAAUGGACCAGGAGCUGGAAGCAACAGCCAAAGUUCUGUUACACAAAACAGGAAAGAUCAAUGCGUUCAUUAGGCAGCACGCAGAUGCCGCGCUGGGCAGCAUGGUGCAGAACUGCACACCUACACGCAGCAUGAACGCCCUGCUUGCUGGAGGACUCGGGGUGUCCCCCGACUUGUGCCCCGAGUUCCCUGGGAUAGGCUCCAGGCUCCCCUGCGACCCUGGUCACUUGAACGCAGCCGUAAGGAGGUGCACCGCUCAGCACUUGACUACUCUGGUCGAGAAGAUCGGCACCGGGCGGUUAUUGUCUGGUACGAAAAAUCUCACGGACCGAAUCUUACCCGCUGUCUCCAAGCUGGCGCAAGACUCUUCACCUGAAACCAGAUAUUUUGGCCGGCAAAUGCUGCUGUUCUUGUCUUCUCACCGAGACUUUGAUAAAAUGGUGGAAAAGUACAUUCCUCUCAAAGACCUGGCAACCGUCAGGGACACCGUCGUCACUCUGAAGACUAAGUUUAUAAAGAAGGAUCCCAACAAGCAGGUGGAGUUGCGGCCAUUCUCCAGACCGGAGCUUGCCCUCACUCAGAGCUUCAGACUACUUAACUCGGAUGACUGGGAGAAAAAAAUCGAGGGGCUCAUGUUCCUGCGCCGUUUGGCACAGUAUCACCCUGACGUGCUUAAUAGUAGGCUUCAUGAAGUCUGCCUUGCUGUCAUUCAAGAGGUUCGUAACCUGCGCUCCAGAGUGUCCCGCAUCGCCAUGGUGACUUUAGGAGAGCUAUACUCUGGCCUGCAGAAGGGAAUGGACCAGGAGCUGGAAGCAACAGCCAAAGUUCUGUUACACAAAACAGGAAAGAUCAAUGCGUUCAUUAGGCAGCACGCAGAUGCUGCGCUGGGCAGCAUGAUGCAGAACUGCACACCUACACGCAGCAUGAACGCCCUGCUUGCUGGAGGACUCGGUCACUUGAACGCAGCCGUAAGGAAGUGCACCGCUCAGCACUUGACUACUCUGGUCGAGAAGAUCGGCACCGGGCGGUUAUUGUCUGGUACGAAAAAUCUCACGGACCGACUCUUACCCGCUGUCUCCAAGCUGGUGCAAGACUCUUCACCUGAAACCAGAUAUUUUGGCCGGCAAAUGCUGCUGUUCUUGUCUUCUCACCGAGACUUUGAUAAAAUGGUGGAAAAGUACAUUCCUCCCAAAGACCUGGCAACCGUCAGGGACACCGUCGUCACUCUGAAGACUAAGUUUAUAAAGAAGGAUCCCAACGAGCAGGUGGAGUUGCAGCCAUUCUCCAGACCGGAGCUUGCCCUCACUCAGAGCUUCAGACUACUUAACUCGGAUGACUGGGAGAAAAAAAUCGAGGGGCUCAUGUUCCUGCGCUGUUUGGCACAGUAUCACCCUGACGUGCUUAAUAGUAGGCUUCAUGUAGUCUGCCUUGCUGUCAUUCAAGAGGUUCGUAACCAGCGCUCCGGAGUGUCCCGCAUCGCCAUGGUAACUUUAGGAGAGCUAUACUCUGGCCUGCAGAAGGGAAUGGACCAGGAGCUGGAAGCAACAGCCAAAGUUCUGUUACACAAAACAGGAAAGAUCAAUGCGUUCAUUAGGCAGCACGCAGAUGCCGCGCUGGGCAACAUGGUGCAGAACUGCACACCUACACGCAGCAUGAACGCCCUGCUUGCUGGAGGACUCGGUCACUUGAACGCAGCCGUAAGGAAGUGCACUGCUCAGCACUUGACUACUCUGGUCGAGAAGAUCGGCACCGGGCGCUUAUUGUCUGGCGUGAAAAAUCUCACCGACCGAAUCUUACCCGCUGUCUCCAAGCUGGCGCAAGACUCUUCACCUGAAACCAGAUAUUUUGGCCGGCAAAUGCUGCUGUUCUUGUCUUCUCACCGAGACUUUGAUAAAAUGGUGGAAAAGUACAUUCCUCCCAAAGACCUGGCAACCGUCAGGGACACCGUCGUCACUCUGAAGACUAAGUUUAUAAAGAAGGAUCCCAACAAGCAGGUGGAGUUGCAGCCAUUCUCCAGACCGGAGCUUGCCCUCACUCAUAGCUUCAGACUGCUUAACUCGGAUGACUGGGAGAAAAAAAUCGAGGGGCUCAUGUUCCUGCGCUGUUUGGCACGGUAUCACGCAGACGUGCUUAAUAGUAGGCUUCAUGAAGUCUGCCUUGCUGUCAUUCAAGAGGUUCGUAACCAGCGCUCCGGAGUGUCCCGCAUCGCCAUGGUGACUUUAGGAGAGCUAUACUCUGGCCUGCAGAAGGGAAUGGACCAGGAGCUGGAAGCAACAGCCAAAGUUCUGUUACACAAAAGAGGAAAGAUCAAUGCGUUCAUUAGGCAGCAUGCAGAUGCCGCGCUGGACAGCAUGGUGCAGAACUGCACACCUACACGCAGCAUGAACGCCCUGCUUGCUGGAGGACUCGGUCACUUGGACGCAGCCGUAAGGAAGUGCACCGCUCAGCACUUGACUACUCUGGUCGAGAAGAUCGGCACCGGGCGGUUAUUGUCUGACGCAAAAGAUCUCACGGACCGAAUCUUACCCGCUGUCUCCAAGCUGGUGCAAGACUCUUCACCUGAAACCAGAUAUUUUGGCCGGCAAAUGCUGUUGUUCUUGUCUUCUCACCGAGACUUUGAUAAAAUGGUGGAAAAGUACAUUCCUCCCAAAGACCUGGCAACCGUCAGGGACACCGUCGUCACUCUGAAGACUAAGGUACAGGAAGCCAAGAGGGAAUACGGCAAUGUAAGAGAACUCAGGGAGGUUGAAAACAAGAUGUGUAGCUGCAUUCUGGAUCAGUGGUUGCAGUGUAUUCAAGAGGGGACAUUACUGCUCAUUAUGUGCUGCCUCAAAACCCACGGGGGGUGGUGCAAAAACAUUUUGGAUUGAAUGUCACUGAGGUGGUUUCAUGUGGCAUGCCUUUCUAUGUCAGAGAAGCAGUUCAAAAAGGCUCAAAAGGUUGACUGGAAAUGCUGCCUAUGUAAAUAAUUUUGAAUUCCUUUGGCUCCCAUCCACAAUCUAAACAUGUACAUAAAUAAAUGAAAAGAAAACAAAUAAAAAUGUUUGAAAUAUUAAAACAUGCGUGGACCAUCAGUU